GGCGGUAUAUUAGUGCCAAAAUUCUAACAUGCUAUCGUCUAACUUCUAACGUGCUAUCGUCUAACUUCUAACGUCUAUUCGUGUAACUUCUUAUCUAAGACAAUGUAUAUUCUAAUUUCUUCAUUUGUUCCUCGUAAAUGGGGCCUUCUAAUCUUGCAAUUUUUAUUCUAUUUCAUGUUAUUUCUAUUAUUGUAAGGACAAAUUUUCAUUUCGACAACGCUUAACAUGUUUAGAAUGACCAUUGAACAAAUUUAGAAUGAACAUUGAACAAAUUUAGAAUUUGAUACGUCUACCUAGCAACCGUCAUUAUGACGUCGUUUGGUGUCGCCACUGUAUGCGCAACUAUCCACGCAAUUACUGCUCACGGCCGGAAGUUAAGACCGUUUUACGGCAGUUCGUGAGAGAAAAGUAAACAUCUUUUUGCAUUGUCCGUAUAGAUAUACGGUCCAUGCAUGUACAAAUGACAAGAUAUCAACUUCAAGAUGGAACACCAAGAAUGUAUUAACUUUUUAAGUGGCCGACUUCAACGUAUUAUUUAUAUACUUGAAAGUAACAGCUAUAACUCGUUAGCAGACAUUAUGAACAAUUUGGAAAUAUUGAUGGGUACAUUUGCUGAUGUUAUAAACAGUCCAUCGAAUUCCAAUGAUCUUGACGAGGAGAUGCCACAUGCAAUUUUACAGUGUUUGCACUUUUUAUGUGGCGCAGUGGAUCAGCUGGAUCGAUUAAAUACGGAUCAAGUAGUAACACAGACACGACACCCUAUUGUGGGGACAAGUACUGGCCAACGAGGUAGACCAAAAUUUUGCAUUCCAGUAGAGACAUUGGAAUACCUUUUGGAUAACAACUUUUCAGUCCCACAAAUAGCGCACUUACUUUCAUUGAGCAAGAGAACUAUUUUUAGAAGGAUGUCAGAAUAUGAUUUAUCUGUUAGAAACUUAUACAGUGAUAUAACAGAUGAGGAAAUUGACACACAAGUAAUUAAAGUUUUACAUCAAUAUCCAAAUAUUGGGUAUCGCAGCAUCUGCAGCCAUUUAAGAGCCUCUGGGUUAAGAGUUCCAGUCAGUAAAGUGCGUGACAGUUCUCGCAGAGUUGACCUAGAUGGAGUGGUAUUCCGAAAACUGACUUCAAGUCCAAUUCAAAGAAGAAUUUAUUCUGUACCUGGGCCAAACUAUUUGUGGCAUGUAGAUGGAUAUCACAAAUUGAUCAGUUGGCGCUUUGUUAUUCAUGGCGGUAUUGAUGGAUAUUCUAGGCUUCCGGUGUAUCUUAAAGUUAAUAAUAACAAUAGGUCUCAAACCGUCCUUGAUUGUUUUAAACAUGCUGUCCAUGAAUAUGGAGUUCCCAAAAGGGUGAGAUCGGAUAAAGGUGGGGAAAAUAUUGGUAUUGCAGAGUAUAUGCUGAGAGCUCAAGGAUGUGGAAGAGGUAGUCAUAUAACAGGAAGGAGUGUUCAUAAUCAGAGAAUUGAGAGAUUUUGGAGGGAUCUGUGGUGUGGUUGUGUUAAUGUAUUUUACAAUCUAUUCUGCUAUAUGGAAACCAACAACAUUCUUGUACCUACAGACGAACUUCAUCUUCAAGUCUUGCACUAUGUAUUUUUACCCAGAAUUCAACGUAGUCUUGACCAAUUUUGUGAAGCUUUCAAGAGAAGACCAUUGAGGACAGAACAUAAUAAAUCUCCUCUUCAACUGUUUAUUGCAGGGCAGAUUAUCCACUCAACUAUAGAUUUACAAGAGAAUGAAUUGCAAGAUUAUGGGAGGAGUCAAGAAGGUGUUUCAAUGUCAGGCCAUACUUUUGAUCCAGUGGAGGUUCCUUCAACAGAAUUUCCAACUGAACAGUUGAUGAUGGUAAACCCGUUAGCUGAAUCCGAAUCGCAUGGUAUAGACAUUUUCAUCAGAUGCAGAGAUAUUUUAAUUGCCAAUAAUGUGUAGAACAUAAUAUGUAUGUUUAUGUACUUAAAGAUACAUUAUGGGAGAUUUUUUAUAAGGAGUUAACUAUUCUUGCUAUAACAGUUCAAAAAUAGAUGAUGAAAGAAUAUAUUGAAAAUUUCAGUCAAAUUACUCUAUUCUGAACAUAGUUACUACCAGUGUCAUGUUUGACUAGAAAUGGGAUUGAAUUCCAUCUUCACCGAUUUUUAGCAUGGCCGAUCAUUUGAUUGACAUGUGUUAACUCCACCUACAUAAUCUUGUUGUCUUUUGUCAGUGUCAUCAUAUCCGAAUUUGUGUUUUACCUUUUUGGAUUUUUAUAACUAUUGGAUAAAAUGAAUGAGACAGUAAAUUUCCAUUCUUACCUGUAAUUUGGGCAUGCGUUAAAUCAAGUGAAUAUAGGACAUAAUAUUAUAAUACAAUUAUGAUAAAUCUAUAGGUAGACACCAGGGGCGUCGUGCCUGUUGGGGAAAUAAUUUUUUUUUUAUUGAUAUCAUUAAGAUAGAAGACCUGUUCGUCUGUAUUAGUCAUCACAUGGUCUCCAGGAAUUGUAUUAUUUGUCAUUAUCUGUGUUUAGUUUAUUGCACUUUAAAUAGUUUAGAUGUCAUUUGUUGAGGCCUCGCUAAACAGCGGCCUCAUACACUCUAUCAUUUAGCCUCGACCCGGGAGUAUGAUGUCAACGGUUAAACCCUGCCCACCACGCCAUUUAAAAAUUAAAGUAGACAACGAAUCCAAGCCAAUCGUGGGUCUACAGAGAUGAUUUUGUGCUUGUGUAAAUAAAGAUCUAAUUUAUAAUUUCUACAUGUAUGACAUCUGAAACCUAAAUAAAGACUUGCAAUAAUCAGAUUUAGCUCUUGCAUAGUGUAUGUUUAAAGCACAAUUAAAAACUUUAAAACAAA